AUGAGCGACAGGGUCGACAUCUUUCUCGACAUGUCCGGCCUCGAGGAUUUCCUGUCGAUGUUUGCGGGGCCCCAGGGGAAACCCAGCCCCAGCGCCCAGUCCUGCGCGAGCCUCCAGCACGACACCGUGUCCAUCAUCAACGCCCUGAAGCUCUGGGUGCGGGACGGCCGCGUCAACCUCCGCGCGGAGACCAAGUUCUUUCGCUGGGACGGGCUCCCGGACCUGCGCCAGGGAACCGCGACGCCCGGCGACCCCGCGCAGCGCAACCGCCCCGUCCCGGCCGCAGCAGACGACGCCGCGGCCGACGACGGCCCCAAGGCGCGCGCCGCGGCAGCUGCGCUGGCUCUUGGCGUUCUUGUGUGCGACCUCGACGAGCCGGGGCGGUGGAACCCGCAGAGGACGACGCUCUCGCGGCGCUUUGACGAAACCAGUCGUCGGCGGGGGUCCUCGAUGCGCGCCGUGCUCGCACAGGCGGGUCUGACGCCGUGGGGCUCCGACGCGGGGUUUACUUUGGACCGGAUCAAAGCGAUGGUCGCCGCGGUGUGGAGCGGGACGACGGUGAUGGACGGCAACACUGCGUGCGCGUUUGAACUGCUCAUGUUCUGCCGCGGCCUGGCGCGCCUCACGAUGCGCAACCCCGCCAAGGUCCGCGGCUGGACCGAGCAGGCGCGCGCGGACGUCCGCAUGAUGAUGGACGCCCUCAAGGACCUCCAGCUCCGCACGUACAGCGACGGCACCUUCCAGGACCUGUUCCAGAAGGCCGCCGCGGCGCUGGUGCCCCCCACCAGCCCCGCGCGGCCUGCGCUCGAGGGGUGA